AUGGCUGACCCUGUAAUUGGUGCUACAGUUCAAGUUUUGCUUGAAAAGCUGCUUUCUCUCACUAUUGAGAAAGUCAGUAGCUCAAGGGAUUGCAACAAACAUCUCAGAAUGAUGACACAAAAUGUAUCCAUCAUUCAAGCUUUCAUUCAUGAUGCUCAAAGACGACAAGUUGAUGACGAUCAGGCUGUGGGAAAAUGGCUCAUGAUGCUUGAGAGAGUUACUGAAGAUGCUGAAAAUGUGCUUGAUGAAUUCACAUAUGAAUCUCUCAAAGCACAAGUCCGAAACAGUCCAAUAAGAAAGGUCAGUGGAUUCUUUUCUCAUCCUGCUUUUAUAAGCAAAAUAACUGGAAAAAUCAAAAACAUAAAUGAAGAGUUGAGGGCUAUCAAUCAGUUAGCCAAAGACCUCGGUCUCCAAUCACUCAUAGUUCCUUCUCAGCAAAUAGUACCGAUGAUUCGAGAAACAGAUUCCUUAGUAGUUGCUUCGGAUGUUGUUGGUAGAGACAAGGAUGUUGCUGAAAUUAAGGAGAAGAUGUUGAACAUGAGAGAGGAAGUUGUACUAUGCGCCAUUCCCAUAGUGGGCAUGGGGGGUUUAGGGAAAACUACUAUUGCUAAGAGAAUUUUCAAUGAUGAAGAGAUCGAAAGACACUUUGAAAAGAGAGUUUGGUUGUGUCUACCUGAAAUGUCAGACACUAAGAGCUUUCUUGAACAGAUCCUCCAGUCAUUGACACAGAGGAAACUUGAGGUCCAAACCAGGGAUAUAAUAGUGAAGAAACUCCAAGAUGAACUAGGAGGAAAAAGAUAUUUGCUUGUAUUAGAUGAUUUGUGGCGUGUUGACCUUCCAGUGUGGGACGAGUUCAUGGACAGCUUGAGAGGAAUAAACACUUCCAGAGGAAACUGCAUUCUUGUGACAACUCGUAUGAAAGUUGUGGCAUCCACAGUAGCAGCAGUAGGUCCCCAUAUGUUGGAAAAAUUAGCGAAAGAUCAUUGUUGGUCGAUUUUCAAACAAAGAGCAUUUGUUGAUGGGGCAGUUCCGGAGGAAAUAGUGAGCGUGAAGAACAGAAUUGUUGAAAUGUGUCAAGGUCUACCGUUGGCAGCAAGUGUGUUGGGAGGCCUCUUGCGCAACAAGGAGAAACAUGAAUGGCGGUCUAUUCUUGAUGGAAACCCCCUUGUUGCUGGUGAAGAUGAUAAUGGAGAAAAUAGCUUAAAGAAAAUCCUAAAACUCAGUUAUGUUUAUCUACCAUCACCAUAUCUAAAAAAAUGUUUUGCUUACUUUGCAAUGUUUCCAAAAGAUUUUAUGUUUGAAAAGGACCAACUUAUCCAACUCUGGAUGGCAGAAGGGUUUCUCCAUCCAUAUCAAGAGACCACCGUGAUGGAAAACGUUGGGCACAAGUUUUUCCAAAUCUUGUUGCGAAAUUCCUUGCUGCAAGAUGUUGAGCUAGAUGAGCACAACAAUAUAAAAUACUGUAAGAUGCACGAUCUUGUGCAUGAUUUGGCUGGAGAUAUCUUAAAAUCUAAACAAUUUGAUCCGAAGGGCAAUGAUGGAGAAAAGCUUUCUCAAGUUCGAUACUUUGGAUGGGUCUCACCAAGUGAUAAAAUGGAUAUGAUAAAUGAGCCAGGACGUUUGUGCACAUUGUUCUGGAAAAGUAAUAUAUCUGAUGAUAUGCUAUUGAGGUUUCAGUUCUUGAGAGUCUUAAAUUUGUCCCAAUCAGGCAUCAAGGAGUUGUCAGCCAAAAUCAGCAAGCUAAUAUACUUGAGAUAUCUUGAUCUCUCCGACACUAAGAUCAUAGCCUUGCCCAACUCCAUUUGCAAGCUCUACAAUUUGCAAACACUUAGAGUCAAAAACUGUUAUUCAUUCUGGAAGUUUCCAGAAGAAAUGGCAAAUAUGAGAAGUUUGAGACACAUAUAUCGCAACCUUCAUCAUUACCUAGUACCUAUUCACAUGCCACUUAAUAUGGGGCAAUUGACUAGUCUUCAGACGCUACCGUUUUUCAAUGUAGGUUUAAAGAAGGGUCAUCGAAUAGAAGAAUUAGGUCGUUUGAAAAACCUUAGAGGUGAAUUGACGAUAUAUAGUCUCCAAUUAGUCAGAAAUAAAGAUGAGGCUCGAACAGCAUAUUUACAGGAGAAACCAAAUAUCUAUAGGCUGGCAUAUUUCUGGUCCCAUAAUGAAUCAGAAGGCUGUGAGAUCAAUCAUGAGCAUGUGUUGGAUGGUCUUCAACCACAUUCUAACUUGAAAACCUUAGAAGUGGAGAACUAUUUCGGGACUAUAUUUCCUUCAUGGUUCAGUGAAGGAUUCCUACCAAAUUUGGUCAAGUUGAAAUUUAGUGGUUGCAAAAGGUGCAAAGAAAUUCCAUCGCUUGGCCAACUGAAGUUCCUUCGGCAUCUUCAGCUGAUAGGAUUCCUUGAAUUGGAAUGCAUCGGACCUACAUUUUAUGGUGUUGAGAUAAAUGAUAAUGGAUCAAGCAGCAAUAAUGGCAAUAUCCAUGUGUUCCCGUCAUUGACAGAACUAGUAUUGGAGAAUAUGCGUAGCCUUAUUGAGUGGAAGGGAGAUGAAGUUGGAGUAAGAAUGUUUCCUAGGCUUGAGAAGUUGACGAUUACAAACUGUCCACUGUUAAAAAGUACUCCAACUCAAUUUGAAAUCCUGCGUGAAUUAAAAAUCAAAAGAGUUGACAGUGAAUUGCCAUUGUUGAACUUGUGUAGCAACUUAACAUCUCUUGUGGAUCUUUUUGUUGAUCACGUGAAAGAGCUCACUUGUAUACCCGAUGAGAUGCUACGCAACAACGUUUCUCUUCAAUUCCUAUCAGUCUCAGAAUGUGGAGAGUUUCGUGAAUUGCCACAAAGCUUGUACAAUCUUAAGAAGUUGCAAAUAUACGACUGCCCCAAUUUAACUUCUGUUCCUGUUCCCAGUGGAGAGAAUUAUUUCAGUUCUCUAGAGGUUUUGUCUGUCAAGCGUUGUGAGAACUUGGUUUCCUUGCCUUUACAUGUGGGGGAAAUGCCUUCACUUUCCUAUUUGGAUAUAUCAGAAUGUCCCAAAUUGAUUAGUUUACCCUCAGGGGGCCUUCACCAUCUCACUGGGUUAACGGGUCUGGGAAUCGGUCCUUUCUCAGAGAUGGUGGAUUUUGAGGCAUUCCAAUUGAUUUUUAAUGGCAUUCAGCAGCUGUUGUCCCUUCGUAGAUUGAACUUGUGGGGACACUUGCACUGGGAUUCUCUGCCCUAUCAACUUAUGCAACUCUCUUCCCUAACAGGCAUCCAUAUAUAUGAUUUCGGAAUCGAGGCUCUUCCUCAUAGAUUUGGCAACCUUACUUCUCUUGGAUCAUUGGACUUACGAGGUGCAAACGGCUACGACAUGUGGACUUCUCAGAUGCCAUGCCCAAAUUACGGUUCUAUGAAGAAGAGAGUGAAUGAUCAGGCACCAUUGAAAUCUGUUUAUGAGGUAUCAGAUUGGCACAUUUUGCUUCAGUGGUGA